AUGGCAACCAACGACGACCCUUGGAUGCAGAAAAAGCUGGAGGCUCCAAUGCCGUUGAUCGGCAUGUACGUCGCUUUCGCCUCCCUAGCCUGCUCCUUGCUAAUCUCCGCCGAUCUCCUCCACGCCUUCCGCUCCAAGAAGCUCUGGUUCCCCUCCUACUUCUUCUCCCUCAACGCCACCUCCCUCGCCCUCCUCUCCGUCGCUCUCAAGCUCCCCGUGGACCUCACCACCAGCAUGACCGCCCUCACGGACCGCCUCGCCAAGAUCAGCAGCCUCUCCCUCCUCUCCACCUCCAUCGCCAACUUCCUCCCCUCCCUCGGCUCCAUGUCCGACUCCGACAUUCUCCUCAACGUCACCGCACUCACCAUCCUCAUCCUCACCGUCGUCGCUGACGUCUGCAUCCAGGUCGUGGGGACGCGGUCGUUCCUCCACCACCGCGUCCUCUUCCCUGAAGAGAUCCUCGCGCUCAGCCUCAUGCUCCUCCUCCUCCUCAUUCUCGUCUCCACUUCUAUAAUGGUACUCACCACUAAGAAAUGCCUCGAGGCCAAGUACCACGAGAAGCACACCUUCGCCUCCACCGCCGCCGCCCCAGAUUUGGGCGUUGAGAAGCUUAGGAAUUUUGUGAACAAGUAUUGGGUGAUGGCGGAGACUAGCUGCCCUCAGUUUGUCAUCGCGCGCUCCUCCUCCUGCGCUGCUGCUGGCGUUAUCUGUGUCGCCAACGCGCUUACCCUGGCGCAGGCUAUUGUGCGCACAGGGAUGGCGCGUCGCAGCCUCAGCCUCACCAAUUCCAGCUACGGCUGCUCCACGGAAUGGAUUCUUCUAGUGCAGACCAUCGGGGUUAUUUUUGGCACAAUCUCCACUUCAUUCAGAUGGUUCACAGCCGUCCGAUUCAGAUGCUCUGCCAAAAGCUUAGCGCGCGAGUUCAGAGUCGAGGACUAUUGGACUCGGAAGCUUCUAGAAAUCCAAGCAAGUCCGAUACAUCCAUUCAUCACAAACCACAAAUGCAGAAGGUUGGUCUACAACGCUAGAGGAUUCGUUGUGAACAUCAUUCUCAGAGCUCAAAUGCUUAUUGUUCUGUUCAACAAGCUAGUUUUAGUGAUCUCGUGCUGCAUACUUGGCUCCGUCAUCAAUAUCUUUCAGCAAUUGAAUACUGAUUCUGGUGCAAGCCGUGAUAUUUUACAAAACGUGAGGCCGAAUUCUCUGCGGCUCGAGGGAGAGGCGGAUUUUCCGGACUACAUGCUGCAGAGCAUCCCCAAACAGAUGGAUGAAGUUCUAGAAGCGUCUAGAAGGAAGAAGCCUUGUAGGCUAAUCGAACUCUUGCGCGGUUCGACCUUCAAAGGCGUGGCUGAACUCGAAAGCCUUGGUGUUCCAAGCAUACAUGGGAAAGAGCCGAAGAGCUGCUGGUCUCUUGCAGUGGUAACACUCACAAGCAUCGCCGUCGCCAUCCCUAAUGUCGAGAAAAGCAAGGUCGAUCAGCUCGUAGAAGACGUAAGAGACGGCCUCUUCUUUGUGAAGAUUGUGGAAGAGACCUUUUACAGUGAUGAAGAGUGGAAGAAUAUAAGGAAAGCUGGUGAUCUAUGGCUGAGAGUCGAUUUAUUCCGGAAAUGGCAAGAAAUUGAUCUUGCUGAUAUCUGUUUAAGCAGUCCAAACUCCAAGCACGCGCUGCAGAAGCUAGCGCGUGAGAGCGAGAAGAUCGCGUCUGGUUUGAAAACAGACGUGCCGGAUUGCCCCAUGUUCAACCCUUGGAACUGGAAGCCUCGGAUCAUAGCGGCCAACGCAAUGUACAGGAUCAGCAGCACGGUUUUGGAGGGGUACUGUGACGAAGAAAAAGCGAUGGGAGAUGAGGAAGUGUUUGUUCAGUUGAGUAGAAUGAUUGCAGACGUUUUAGCCGCGUGUGUGACCAAUUUGAGGCGAGUGAUUGUGAACAAGUGUCACGUGAAGGCGAUUGAGGAGAGAGAGAGGAGCGUGCGGCAGGCUGCUCUUCUGUUGGGGAGAAGUGAAGAGAUUCUGGAUUUUCUAGCUGAUCGCGAUCUUCCCGCGGGUUUGAGUGAGCUUUCUGCUCCGUAUAUUGAGGAAUGGCGAGGGGCGAUGUUACUGGAGAUGGAGAUGAUGAGUUCGGAUGCCAUCACGCCAUCCUGCAUUGGCACAGCGUCUUCGGAAGGGAGAGGGAGUUGCUCUUCCAGUGGAGCUGUCAUGUUAAUGGAGCAUUUGAAGAGAAGUUUUCCACCUAGGAAUCUUGAGUUUUAA